CCAAUUAAAGAUGGUGGAGCUGCUGAAUUUGGAAGUGGUGAUUCCACCAAAUUGAGACUCAGACAACCUUAGAUCGUUGACCAUGUCUGUUUUUUCCCGCGUUUAUCAAAUAAAAAUAUGUCACUCCAAUGAUUCUUUAUACUUUGCUCCGUCCCAACUUCAUCUCUUUCUUGUUCAAUUCACCUAACUACUGACCCAUUCAAUUCCCUCUCAUCAACUCCAACAUCAACUCAUACAUACCUUUUCAACUCCCUCUCCCUCUAAACCCCGUUUCUCUCUUUCAUGUCUACGCUCUUACCAUUACCAGCCAUGAUUCCCACCCGCCUUCUCCUGCUCUUUGCCCUUCUCCCAAUCUGCCUCUGCCAAUCCCUCCAAGGUGUGUUGAUUGACUGUGGUGCUGAUGUUGGAUCGGUGAUCAACGGCUUGGAAUGGCUGCCGGAUUCUGGCUACAUAUCAGCAGGGAGUUCCAAGGUCAUUGUAAGGGAGGAUCUGGUCCAGACACUCUUCACCGUCCGGUCGUUUCCUCUCUCAAACAACGUUUUCAAGAAGUUCUGCUACGAGAUUCCUGUGGAUAGAACGAAGAAGUAUUUGGUCAGAACAACUUACUACUAUGGUGGAGUCAAUGGCAAUACCAAUCCACCGGUGUUUGAUCAGAUUGUGGAUGGGACAUUGUGGAGGGUGGUGAACACAACUGAGGAUUAUUUGAGGCAGGAAGCGUCUUACUAUGAAGGUGUCUUUAUGCCUACGGGGAAGAAUCUGAGUGUGUGUGUGGCUGGGAACACGUAUACGGAUUCAGACCCUUUUAUAUCUGCUCUUGAGAUUGUGCCUUUGUGGGAUCAGUUGUAUAAUUCCACAGAUUUUCGAGCUCAUGCUUUGAGCUUGGUGGCUAGGCAUAGUUUUGGAUACGAUGGACCUGUUUUCGGAUAUCCCGAUGAUCAGUUCAAUCGCUACUGGCAGCCGUUCGGAGCAGAUGCGUUCCCCCUAUCAAAUCCACAAGAACUUGCCGUUUCUGGCAUCUGGAACCUUCCUCCCCAGAAAGUGUUUCAUACACGACUGUCAAAGAGCCUGGUCGAGCCUCUGACGCUGAACUGGCCCCCCGGCCCUCUACCUGGUGGAGUAAACUACUCCAUUGCUCUUUACUUUGCUGAUGAUCAUGCCUCCGACUCAAACAACUCUAGGGCUAUGGACAUAACCAUAAAUGGUGUCCCUUAUUACCGAAACUUGAUCAGAACUCCAGUUGGUCUUGUUGUAUUUUCGAGCCAGUGGCCUCUUGCUGGAAUCACAAAUCUGACCUUGUCUCCUGCACCCGGCUCGACUGCCGGUCCUCUGAUCAACGCUGGAGAGGUCUAUCAAGUGCUUCCCUCAGGAGGGAAGACUCUCGCCCGUGAUGUGAUUGCUAUGAUAGACUUAAGAAAUCAUUUCCACAACGCUCCAGCUGAUUGGAGUGGCGAUCCAUGUCUGCCAAGUCGGUAUACAUGGACUGGAGUCACUUGCUCCUACGGACCUAGAAUUCGUAUACUCUCUCUGAAUCUGACGAGCAUGGGGCUCGCAGGAUUGAUCUCACCUCGCAUUUCUAGGCUGACUGCACUGUCUAGCAUCUUGCUGGGAAACAACAGCUUGAUAGGAACCAUUCCAGACCUCAGUUCAUUGAAGGCACUGCAGAAUUUGCAUCUGCAGGACAAUCGUCUAGGUGGAAUCAUUCCUCCGUCUUUGGGGACCUUGCAGAACCUACGCGAAGUCUUCUUGCAGAACAACAAUCUAACGGGUCAAGUUCCGCCCAAUCUAACAGGAAAAGAAGAAUUGGCACUGAGGUACACACCGGGGAAUCCUUUGCUGAUUCCGCCACCAUGAGAUCAUCACUCGACCAACAUUCGCCUCCGCUAGCAACUCAAGCGAGAUCAAGUCUUCAAGCUGGUUCUAAAUUGCUAUGAUCAGAUCAAAUGUACAUUAUUUUUUCUUUUAUUUUUUUUUGUAAAAAAAAUGAAUUGUUUGAAUGUUUUGAUGAUGUUUUGAGCAGAGUCUUAGGAUUGCUAGCCAUAUUUUGAGCACAUAGUAAACUUCUCAAUCAACCUUGUAAAAUUAAAAGAAGAAUAAACUACAGCUGUUUCUCGUGAUAAUGAUUGCUUAAUUAUUGUUUGUUUUAA